AUGACAACGAUGCAGAGACGCCAGCCUCGCCACUCGCUCUCGGAGUCCUAUGACUUUGUCAUCGUCGGUGGUGGCACCGCAGGCCUUGCGCUUGCUGCUCGCCUCUCCGAGGACUCGAACCACACCGUCCUUGUCCUCGAGGCGGGCGAGUCGGGUGACGCGGUUGCCGACCAAGUCACUGCUCGGCGGCUCGGCGCCAUGAACGGCAUGUAUCACAUCCGCCCAUCCAAGAUCGAAGUCGACGCGUGGUCGACGCUCAUCGGAGGCGACUCACGCUGGAACUGGGAUUCGCUCCUUAGCGCAAUGGAUGCCAGCGAGACUUUCGAUCCCCCGUCGUCCGACCUCCAGACUACAGGUAACAUCCAGUACGUCGCGUCAAGCCAUGGAACCAGUGGCCCCAUCCAAGCGGGUUACGUCGGAUACAUCCCGCCUAUUGUGAGCAACUGGUCUUCCACUCUGGCCACCGUCGGCAUCUCAGCAACCUCAGACGCGUACAGCGGUUCUAACUGGGGCUCGUACAUCUCUGUUUUGUCCAUCAACCCGGCCAACUGGACGCGCUCAUACUCCCGCUCCGGUUACAUCGAUCCCUUGCCGCCCCGUUCUAACCUCGCCAUCCUCCCUGGCGCGACUGUCACGCGCAUCGUCUUCAACACCUCCAACUCAAGCAAUCUCACCGCCACUGCAGUCGAGUGGGCCGCGUCAGCGAGCGCACCGCGCCAGAUCGUCGGCGUCACAAAGGAAGUCAUCCUCGCCGGCGGUACGAUCGGCAGCCCCCAGGUGCUCCAGCUGAGCGGCGUCGGACCUUCCGAUGUGCUGAAAGCCGCUGGCGUCAAUGUUCUGCUCGACCUCCCGGGAGUGGGCCAGCACUUGCAGGACCACAUCAGCACCCAGGUGUCCUUCAAGUCCAACAUCGAGACCCCCCGUGACAUGUACAACAACAAGGAGCGCACAGAUGCCGCUUUCAACUCAUACGUCAACACGGCCGUUGCUUACGUGACCGCCUCCACUUUGCUCGGCGACUCCGCGGCGACUCUCGCGUCCCAGAUCGCCGCCAACUACUCGGCCCAGGCCGCGCUUGUGCCGUCCUCCGAUUCCGGCGUCGUGCUCGGCUUCGAGGCGAUCUACAACCAGACCCUCGCGAUGCUCACUUCGAACGUCGCUCAGGUAGAGAUCCUCCUCGGGCUCAACGCCGCCGGCUCCGUUGGCGUCCAGACCGCACUUCAGCACCCAUUCUCUCAGGGCCGGCUCUACAUCACAACGAGCAAUCCGUUCACGUCUCCCACGAUCGACCCCCAGUACCUCUCCCACGCCGCGGACACCGUCAUCUUCCGUGAGGGCCUCAAGCUCGCACGUACCAUUGGCAACACCGCUCCUCUGUCGGAGAACCUUGGAGAGGAAAUCUCUCCCGGGACGACCAACGUGAACACGGACGACGAAUGGGACGCGUGGCUAGCGAAUAACUUCGGUACCGAGUACCACCCCAGCUCUUCGUGCGCGAUGCUCCCGCGCGAGCAAGGUGGUGUUGUCGAUGGUGAUCUAAAGGUCUACGGCCUCGCAAACGUGCGUGUUGCGGACGCGUCAGUGUUCCCGAACACGUUCUCAGCGCAUGUGGGUGCCUCGUUGUAUUGA